UUAAUUGUAGAAGCAAAUACAAUUAAUUAGGUUAACACUUAAGCAUUUAGAGGCCGCGCCAGCACUAGUCGAAGUUAAGCCGAAAUCAUGGGUGGGGUGCUCAGCUACUUUCGCGGCCUGCUCGGCUCCCGGGAGAUGCGCAUCUUGAUACUCGGACUUGAUGGCGCCGGCAAGACAACCAUCCUCUACAGACUGCAGGUGGGCGAAGUGGUCACCACGAUACCCACCAUCGGCUUCAACGUGGAGCAGGUCACAUACAAGAACCUCAAGUUCCAGGUCUGGGACUUGGGUGGCCAGACAAGUAUUAGACCCUACUGGCGUUGCUAUUAUAGCAACACAGACGCCAUCAUCUAUGUGGUGGACUCGGCGGACAGGGAUCGGAUUGGCAUCUCCAAGGACGAGCUGUUGUACAUGCUGCGGGAAGAGGAACUGGCCGGAGCGAUACUGGUCGUCUUGGCCAACAAGCAGGACAUGGAAGGUUGCAUGACCGUUGCCGAGGUCCACCACGCGCUGGGGCUGGAGAACCUCAAGAACCGCACAUUUCAGAUAUUCAAGACGUCGGCAACCAAGGGCGAGGGACUCGAUCAGGCCAUGGACUGGCUAUCCAACACUCUGCAGAGCCGCAAAUGAGUCCAGACCGAGCGCCAGCCUCAUUCCCCUCGCCCCUGUGUAAAAAUGUGUGUCCAAAGCAUCGCCAGCUAGGAAUCGUCGUCUACAGCUUUUUUCAAAUUGCAUAUUGCGCAAAAAUCCACGAACCGAAAGAAACUUUGUAAUAACUUCUAGUAAUAUAAUUAUUAAAUUAUAGGAUUAAACAAUUCAUUAAACCCA